AUGUUCUCUCAAGAUCUACUAGUCCGCACUGAUAGCAUCGCUCGUCAUCUCGAGACGGUCUUCCUCUUUACAAAAAAUGAUAUCAGAACCACUCUGAUACCUGUCACCAUAUUCGCGUUAUCCGCGACUCCCAAGCAUGACCCCACCCGCGUUUGGCAUGCCGCUUUGUGGAUAUGGUUGCACUUAUUGCAGUUCAACAUUGCAAACCAGAUCCAGGAUCCGGAGGAGGACCGCAAGAACAAGCCCUCUCGUCCGAUCCCUGCUGGUCGGAUUUCUGUGGACAGCGCAGCUGAUAUGCGCUGGGUGAUGGUCCCAGUCUGCUUGCUGCUAUCACUCUUGUACGGCACUCAGGCACUGCUGGCUAGCACCGUUUUUGCAGCGUUGACAAUCUGGUACAACGAACUUCACGGUGACAAAAUGGGGUUGUCGAAGAACGCACUCACGGCCAUCCUCUAUGGGUGUCUGGAGGUCGGAGGAACUAUUGCUGCUGGUCCUCGCAACUCAUACAUCGAUAAGGCUGGCGCUUUGGCAGUCGCACUUAGCUCGACAGCUUUUGCAACUACGCUUCACGCGCAAGACUUCAAGGAUGAAGAGGGCGAUCGCCUCACUGGCAGGCGCACGCUUCCCACUAUGUUCCCUAAGGCCGCACGCUUUUCCAUGAUGCUCGUCAUUCCCCUCUGGUCCUUUGGUUUGAGCCGUAUCUGGAAGAUAGAUACGCUCUCUACCACCGCAUUUGUAUUAUAUGGCGCUUUUGUGGGGACCCGAUUCGUGUUAUACAACACGGUAGGCGCCGACAAGCAGUCCUGCAAAUUUUAUAGCCUAUGGUACUCGCUUGGUCAUCUACUUCCAGGUUACUGGCGUUUCUUCUAUGGUGCUUGAGUACAAUAUUCGGAACUGAAAGCACGUUGAUGCUUCAAUUUAUCGUCAUUGUCCCUCUAUACAUUACUUCAUAGCUUUAUCAAUGUUCCGCCAUACAAAACGUAUUUAAAACUAGUCGAUUCGGAUUGACCUGUGUGCGCAAUUACAGGGCUUUAUAGCGUGGUCCCCUACGCUCAUCCAGCCCUAGACAUCUCGAUGGCUCAAGAGAAAUGACACUAGUAUGCAAAGCUGGAGUCAAAAGAAAACUAC